AUGCCAGUGCCUGAGGUGUUGUCUGAAACUGCCAGUGCUGCAAGCAUGUUGAGUCCUGUCCUCAAUGCCUCCAACGGAGAUGGACCAGAGUCGGAAACUACUUCCGCCAUUCUGGCCUCUGUCAAGGAGCAGGAGUUGCAGUUUGAACGUCUGACCAGAGAGCUGGAAGCAGAACGGCAGAUUGUUGCAAGUCAGCUGGAGAGAUGCAAGCUUGGCUCUGAAGCUGGAAGCAUGACGAGCAUCAGUUCAGCAGAGGAGAAAUUUCGCUGGAACAACCAAGAUGGACAGAAGGACAUUGAGGAGGAGUUGACAACAGGUCUAGAGUUAGUGGACUCGUGUAUCAGAUCACUUCAAGAAUCAGGCAUCUUGGAUUCACAGGAUACCGCCACUGGAGAUCGGCAAGGACUUCUGUCUCAUAGCGCUCUGCAACUCAACAACCAGGAUGCCUAUGCAGCUGCCGGUUACCAUAGCAAUCAAGCAAUGGCACUCGGCGAAGUGGUUACGGGUCGCAGUGGACAUCUUGGCGGGGCUGUUCACAGCUACAACCAGGUGACAUCCAGCCGGGCGGCUGCCCAAUUAAUGGGGACAGACUCCCCCUCCCAGUCCCACAGAGAUUCAUUUGCUCAACAGGCCAUUGGUAGCGCCUUCCACAUGCCCAGUGAGGGUGGACCUGCACCUACUGGGUCAUCCAUGUACUACUCCUGUGCAACCUUGCCUGCACAGCGUGUGAGCUCCCCUCUGCAGGUGGUGGGAUCACCUACCAAGUUGCAGCGCCUAGGUUCAGCAUCCUCCGACAUGCCCAGCUAUGCCACAUUACAGCGGGUAUCUUCGCCCAAACAAUCCCCAAGUCGUCUUGCCAAGUCCUACAGCACCUCAUCACCCAUCAACAUGGUGCCACCGGGUGCUGGUGGUCCCUCCUCUCCACUAUCCAUGGCAGCCCCAGGAGGAAACCACACAUCAUCGCCCAUCCAUCAAAUGAGCUCAGUAGUGGGCAGCUACGCCACCUUGUCCCCCACCAAACGCAUGCUGCAUCAUAUUGGAGGAGAAACCUACAAGAUUUCUCAUGAGCUGUACGCCAACGCAACCCUGAAAAGGCCUGGUAGCCUGGCAGGCUCCAGAGGUUCAUAUAGCAGCCAGCACAGUCACCUGGGCUCCGAGUUGCGACCACUGCAGUCUCCUGAGCAUCACAUCGAUCCCAUCUAUGAAGACAGAGUUUACACCAAACCCAACCUUAGAGGACAAGUAAAUCAACUUCAGAAUGUGGUGAACCAGCUGUACCAAGAGGUCCUCAACUAUCUGCUCUGUCCCUACACUUUAGCCCCACCUUCCCCUGGUGUCGACCCAAUCCCCUUGCAGCGAACGGGAAGCCAGAGUGCUGCCUCCACGUUCCAAAGAGGCAGCUUCGCUACAGGAGGCGGACCUGACUACAGCAACCCAUACCGCACGUUGCAGUUCUGUCCAUCCACCGAGUCGCCUUACAGCAAGUCUGGCCCAGCCCUCCCUCCCGAAGCAGCACUUGGUCGAUCUCCAUCGGUGGACAGCAUCCAGAAAGACCCAAGGUACGACCCCGAAUUCCUUGUGUGGAAUCAAAAUCAAGCCGAGCAAAGAAUGACAAAGGAGUUUGGUUGGAGAGAUCCAGAGCUGCCUGAGGUCAUCCAAAUGUUACAGCAUCAGUUCCCAUCAGUCCAGUCGAACGCUGCCGCUUACCUCCAACACCUCUGCUUUGGAGACAACAAGAUCAAGUGUGAGAUCAGGAGACAGGGUGGUAUUCAGCUUCUGGUGGACUUGCUGGACCACCGCAUGACUGAUGUGCACCGCAGCGCCUGUGGAGCUUUGCGGAACCUUGUGUACGGAAAGGCCAAUGAUGACAACAAGAUUGCACUGAAAAACUGUGGAGGAAUACCAGCUCUAGUCCGACUUCUCCGGAAAACCACAGAUGUAGAGAUCCGAGAACUCCUCACAGGUGUCUUAUGGAACCUCUCGUCAUGUGACGCUUUGAAGAUGCCCAUCAUCCAGGAUGCCCUGGCUGUUCUGACCAAUGCCGUGAUCAUCCCUCACUCGGGCUGGGACACCUCCCCUCAUACGCAAGAAGACCGAAAACUACAUCUCCACUCUUCCCAGGUCCUCCGCAAUGCCACCGGCUGCCUCCGCAAUGUGAGUUCUGCAGGUGAGGAGGCCCGCAGGAGGAUGAGAGAGUGUGAGGGUCUGACGGAUGCUUUGCUGUAUGUCAUCCAGACUGCAUUGGGGAGCAGUGAGAUUGACAGCAAGACUGUAGAGAACUGUGUGUGCAUCCUGAGGAACCUUUCAUACCGUCUGGCUGCAGAGACAUCUCACAACCAACAAGGGGGAUCCGAGGAGCUUGACGGUCUGUUAUGUGACACUGGUGGCAAGGAUGCCGAGAGUUCGGGAUGCUGGGGAAAGAAGAAGAAGAAAAAGAAGGGACAUGACCAGUGGGACGGUGUGGGCCCAUUUCCAGACUUGGCAGAGCCCCCGAAAGGCAUUCAAAUGUUAUGGCAUCCCAGUAUUGUGAAGCCUUACCUUACCUUGCUGUCUGAAUGCUCCAACCCAGACACCCUUGAGGGAGCAGCUGGUGCUCUGCAAAACCUUGCUGCCGGAAGCUGGAAGUGGUCAGUCUAUAUCCGGGCUGCAGUGCGUAAGGAGAAGGGCCUUCCUAUCCUUGUGGAGUUAUUGAGGAUAGACAAUGAUAGAGUGGUUUGUGCCAUUGCCACCGCCUUGAGGAACAUGGCUCUAGACAUUAGAAACAAAGAGCUCAUUGGUAAAUAUGCUAUGAGGGACCUGGUACAUCGAUUGCCUGGUGGUACCAACAACAACAACAGCAGUAGUGGUGGAGGAAGUGGAAGUGGUGGUGCUAACAGUUGUGGUCUGAUGGGGAAGACCAUGUCAGACGACACUAUCACAGCUAUCUGCUGUGCUUUGCAUGAGGUCAUAACCAAAAACAUGGAGAACACCAAAGCCCUCAGGGAUGCUGGAGGCAUAGAGAAGCUCAUUGGUGUUGCCAGAAGCAAAGGAGACAAACAUAGUCCCAAGGUUGUGAAAGCAGCGUCUCAAGUCCUCAACAGCAUGUGGCAAUACCGAGAUCUGCGCAGCCUUUACAAAAAGGAUGGCUAUUCCCAAUACCACUUUAUCGGCUCUUCUUCCACAAUAGAAAGGGACAGGCAGCGGCCUUAUUCUUCUUCUCGUACACCAUCCAUUUCUCCUGUUCGGACCUCGCCAAACAAUCGAUCAGCAAGUGCGCCAGCUUCGCCGAGGGAUAUGAUGGCGUUGAAGGAGAGAAAGGCCGACUAUGACCUUACUGGCAAUGCCACCUACCGUGGGAACAAGGGUGAACACACAUCCCGCAAGGACGCCACAAUGGGUCAACACUCCAGCGGUUCAUCAACUCUCCACAGAGGAGCGUAUGUGUCACCAACUGAUGAUCUGAAGUAUAAUCAGAUCUCAUCCCAAGGACUGCCUUCAGAGCCCUAUCCGCCUUUCCAAAAUCCUCCCCCAAAUGACAGCAACAACUAUGAGGACCAGGCCUUCUACGAGAACCAGGUUCAUGCAGGUGGGCGGCCUCCGCAAGGUGAACUCAACAUGCACUUGCAGGGCCUGAAGUCCACAGGAAACUAUGUAGACUUCUACUCAGCCUCUCGGCCGUACAGUGAGCUCAACUACGAGACGAGCCACUAUCCAGCCUCUCCUGACUCCUGGGUCUGA